CGCGCGGGCCCGGAGGAGGCAUCAACACUUGGAGGAGACGGGGUAUUUUUAGCCACUGUUGAAAAGGCCAACGCCUGCCAGCCAGUUAGCUAACGUCUAGAAAAUAUUAUUUACCUGACGCCUAACAUUAGCUGGCGGGGAGGCAUACGAGUGUGUGUUGCAGGGUGAUUCAGGAUGGUGGACCAGCCUCUGUGGGAACAGAUAGGAUCCAGCUUUGUGCAGCACUACUACCAGAUGUUUGACAGUGACAGAUCACAACUUGGAUCCAUAUAUAUCGAUGCGUCAUGCCUCACAUGGGAAGGACAGCAGUUCCAGGGAAAAAGAGCGAUCGUUGACAAACUCACUAGUCUACCCUUCACAAAAAUAGGGCAUAGUAUAACAGCGCAGGACCACCAGCCAACUCCAGACUGCUGCAUCUUGAGUAUGGUCGUAGGACAGCUAAGAGCAGAUGAUGACCCCAUCAUGGGUUUCCAUCAGAGUUUCAUCUUGAAGAACAUUAACGAUGCAUGGGUGUGCACCAAUGACAUGUUCAGGCUGGCUAUUCACAACUUUGGCUAACCCCCCCUCCCCGCGCUGGUGGGCAGGGGCAGCCAUAGUGAAGGGCACCAUAUGAUGAAGUAUGGAGGGAGGGGAAGGAGGAGUUGAGGAUGGAGAGAAGAGAGAACACUCAUCCCUCCCUCCUGCUGUCUCAUUUAUGCCUGCUUGACAAGCAAGCAAACACCGGAUUCUAGAUGUCAAUCACUGAACCUCAUCCAGGUGGGUUUUCAGCCCAGCCCAGCCAGUAGAACUGCGACGCGUUUCUUUGCUGAGAGCCGGUCGACCAAUCAGAUGCCCCUGUCUGCUACUCCGCUGAUCUGCAUGACGCUGGGAGUCCCCCAUUAGGAUAUCUACACUCCAGAGCCACCAGAGAGACAAAACAGCUGACCGGCGCCAUUAACUCAUGCUCUGCUCUGCUCUCCACUCCACUGUUAUUUACUUAACUAUAACCCAUUCUACUCAACUGUUGACUGCACUGCUGUCAACUCAGUUCUGUUAGCACUGUUGUUGACUGGUUUGUAGAUCCAUGUUCAGGUUCAGAGUCGGCUUCAUCAGUUCCGGCUCCUUGUGUUGUAAGUUGUUUUUAGAUGCCACUUGUGUGUUGCCUUAGCGUGUUUAACUGAGUUUUAUCUUCCUUUACACAAUUAUUAACUUUGCCAUGAUUCACCCUCAUGCCAGGUUUUGCUCGUGCAAACCAAAGAGUCAUGGAGGACAUAAAGUUUGACUUUGCUGUGUGGUGGGCUCCUACAUAUUCUCUCUUGCUCGCUCUCUUUCUCUCCAUCUGUCUCUCAUUCAUUCUGUCUUUCUCAGUCUGUCUUUUUCUCUCACACACACACAAACUACAGCCACAAUAGACAAUAAAACCUGGACUUUUUUCAUAA